AUGGCAGAUGUACACUUUCGCUUCCAUGAUUUUGACAGGAGACAUGAGCUCGAGGUUCGAGUUCAAGGGAAUAUAAAUGCUGGGGCAACAAGAGCAGAGAUUGCAGAAUUGAGGGCGGAAGGUAGGAGGGUACAGGCUGAAUUGCGACAUCAAGAGGAGAGAAGUAUAGGAAUAGGGAAUGAGAUUGGAGGGAUGAGAGGGGAAAUUAGGGACGCGAGGGAAGAGCUGAGGAUGACGGGGAGAGAGCUCUGGGGGACUAGGGUAGAAUUAUCGAGGUUAAGAAAUGAAGGCACGCAAAAUAGGGGAGACUUAAGAGGCUUAAGACAGGAGAUUCUGGAUUUGGAAGGAGAGAUUGUGGGGUUUAGGGGUGAAAUGAGGAAUGAGAUCAGAGUUAUAAGGGAGAUGAGGGAAGAGGUUUUAAAUUUUAUGGAUGAAGUUGAGAGGGGACAAAGGGAAAGGUUGAGAGAUGCUACCAUGACUAUUGAAAGAUUGAGAAGAGAGGUUAUGGAAGAACUGAUUAGGAGGGAUGCGAACAACGUUCAAAUGGAGCUACGAUUAAUGGAGGGAUUAGCGAGGCGGGAUACCGAAAGCAUUCAAAUGGAAGUACGAAUAAUGGAAGGAUUGGAGAGGAGAGAUGAGUACAAUAUUAGGAUGGAGCGGCGGCUGAUGGGAGAAGUUCAAGAUCUCAAAACUAGAAACGCAGAAAGAUCAGAGAGGGAAGAUGAGUUGAUAAAUGAUGUGGAUAAUCUAAGGAGUAGGAAUUUGGAGAAUGAACGGGCGAUGAGAGGCGAAGUUGAAAGUCUGGGCAAUAGGAUAGACGCUUUGGCGCUGGACAAUGGGGGGUUAAUGGAGAGAGUAACGUGGUUGGAGACCCCAGGACCUGAAAUUGAGGAAGACAUCGAGCCGCUAGAUGAUCAAGUAGUCAAUGAUAUGGCCGCAGAACGGUACGAUAAAGGAAGCCGAAAGAAACAUGAUCGGGCAAGAUGUAAGUGGCCGAGAUUCUGUACCGGAAGUAAGAAACAUAGUAUUGGGAAGGACCUAGCUUUAAGGAUUUUGAAGUAUACAGUUACAUGA